AAAAAGAAUGAGACGUAGGUAAAGUUCAUGGGAAGAGCAAAGCUGAAGUGAUUCAGAUCACUUUUCGGUAGUUCGACGAUAGCAAGCUUUGAAAAUAUUAAGGAAAUUUGAGGGAACUUUUCUCUGUAUUUUGUGCACUGUAUUCUCUGAAUCGAAUCCCACGAGCAUCUCUCUUUUUUUACUGUCUCUAAACACAGACGAAGAAGAAGAAGAAGAAGAUAGAAAAGAGAAAUGGCGGACAAGCCAAGCCGAGCACUGGUGUUGUACGGAGAUGGGUUAGCCCGUUUCAUCCACCCAUCACACAAUCAUCUCCACUCUCUCGCAUCCAAAGCUGCCUGUGGAUUCUUGACCCUACCCAAUGCCCCUCCCUCUGAAAGUGGGGAUGAGAGAGUAGUUAGGGAGUUUGCGGUACUGCUGGAUGCUUCUGAAGCUUACCUCGACAAGCUUGGCAAUGCCACUAACUGGCCAGCCAUAUCAGAGAGGUUCAUGGGAAUGAAAGCUGCUCUAAUCACAAACAAUCCAAGUUUGCAAUUUUUUGGUGCCAAACUUGGCUUAACUGUGUUGAAAUCUGAUGACCUAGUAAAAAACCCAUGUCUCCCUGCGGAACCAUCAGCUGAUGUUGUGGCAUUGGAGUUUCUAAAUUUGCUUGGAUUUAAAGAAGGGAAGACACUGGAGACGAGUGAGUAUGACAUAGUUUUUGUGCAUGUUGGGGAUGGCGAAAGGGUAAAUGAUGAGAAAAAUGAGGCUGUUACCAAUGACAUGGAGUACAUCAAUACUUUGGUGGGGGGUAUAAUGCAGAUAGCCCAACCUGGAUCCGAAAUUGGUUCCCGUCUGCAUUUUUCUCUCAUGAUGAGCUACAGUGAUGUCCCAGCCGACGAUGAACCAAACUUGUCAGUUUUGAUAACUAAAGAUAAGAAGGACGCUUCUCUUUCAAUUCUCUUCCCUCAUCAAAGUUACACUAUGAGAGGAGAGAAUCCACGGAAAGAUGUCAGGCAUCACUGCCCAAUGUUGAUUGCACAAUUGCAGUAUGGCGUAACCCGCAAAGAUAUGGCAGAGGCAUUCUCCUUUAAAGAAUUUAAUGAGCAUGGUGGAAAUCUUGCAAUACCGGCUGAUAGGUUUCUGCAUGAGGUUGCCUUUAAGCUUUGGAAGGCCCCCAAGUAUGGAGCAUGAGAUAUAUUUAUCAACAGUCCAGUUACGUGAGACAAUACUCAAGUCCUAAAAUAUAGAUCAGAAUAACAGCUUCCUGUCCUGAUUCUAUAUGCAUUAUAAUCUGCCGAUUUUUAUUUUUUAUUUUGGUAAAACCAGACACUGCUUGAUGGGACAUGUUUUUACGUGCUCAUUUCUCAUUUUCCUUCCUGUUGCCAACUAGUGCAAGUGCUAGUCAUUUGAUUU